UCCACCUCUAACGCAUUUCUCGUUCCAACGGGUGGGUACUCUUCCUACCACCUUUCUUCAAAACUUUACCAUGCCUAUUUUAAUUUUGAAACGAGGCUUCACCUCUUUCCCUCCCCUUCCCAAAAAGCGUACAACGUACAACGAUGAAAAGGAGGAAGCCGUUAAAUGGAGCAAGCUGCCGCUGAGCUAGUAGGAAAGAAAGGGAGGAGAGACUGGGAGAGGAAACACAAAAGGAAAGACGCAUUCAUUUUGCCGUGAACUUCCCUUGAUAGCCUCACCAUUUAAUAGCCGUUAGGGUAAAAUUUCAAAAAAAGCAAGGAGGUGCUCCCCCCUUCUGCCCUUUUGCACUGAAGAGAGUUCUUGUGUUAGAGCAAGCAAGCGAGUGCAAUCAUGGUCAUCCUCAACCUCCCUUAGAAAAAUAUAUGAGGAAGCCCCCACAAGCCCUUCUUCCCCCUUCUUUUCUCCUUCGGAAAUGAUCGUCUUCUCAUGGAGAGACCCCGCUUUCACCAACCAGAGGACCCCAAGGAGCACUACUGUCUUCCGUUAGCCGCCUGCGGAGCCUCCAACCUCGUCUCUCUUUCCCCUUUUUCAUCUUCUGGCUCUCUACUAGAUUACUCCGAUUAAGGGACGAGUGCGGCACGGGGUAGCUUCUCUUUAUUUGAGGGAAGAGGUGGUGCUCUGAAUGGAUGAUAGAAAGGAGAAGGGUGGUGGUGUUGGUGAUCAUGGUCAUGGGUCCGAAGAUGUUGGGGGAGAGGGCGAGUCCUUUAGCGACUCGGCAGAAGACGAGUGCCAUGGGAGAAGUUCGAGCUCUGAGACUUCGUCCAGUGAAGAGUCACGAGGACAUAGCAGCUCCGAGGAAUCAUCCAAGCAUCCGACAUCAUUGGGUUGGCCAAUGCAGAAACUCAAAAACUCUGAAAUAGUAGGCAACAAGGAAAAAAGCCGCAAGGAAAAUUGUGGAAUGGAUAAGCUGAAGCCCAAAAUCUCAGAUAUGGAGAUGAUGAAGGAGAGGUUCGCCAAGUUGUUGCUUGGAGAAGAUAUGUCAGGCUCUGGGAAAGGGGUCUGCACCGCAUUGGCCAUUUCAAAUGCUAUAACUAAUCUCUGCGCCACACUCUUUGGGCAGCUUUGGAGGUUGGAGCCUUUACCUCCUGAGAAGAAGUCAAUGUGGCGAAGAGAAAUGGAUUGGCUUCUUUGUGUUAGCGAUCAUAUAGUUGAACUGGUACCCACUUGGCAAACAUUUCCUGAUGGGAGCAAGCUUGAGGUCAUGACUUGCAGACAACGAUCUGACCUAUAUGCCAAUCUUCCAGCACUGCGUAAACUAGACAAUAUGCUUCUUGAAAUAUUGGACUGCUUUAGUGACACAGAGUUUUGGUAUGCCGAUCAAGGAGUACUUGCAAAUGAUUCUGAUGGUUCAGCCUCUUUCCGAAAGACUCUUCAUCGUCAAGAAGAGAAGUGGUGGCUACCUGUACCUCGUGUGCCUCCUGGUGGUCUCCAUGAGAAGACAAGAAAGCAAUUGCAGCACAAACGUGAGUGCGCAAACCAAAUCUUGAAGGCUGCAAUGGCUAUCAACAGCAAUGCCUUGGCUGAAAUGGAGGUUCCUGAGUCGUAUCUCGAGUCGCUUCCAAAGAAUGGAAAAGCAUGCCUAGGUGAUGUGAUAUAUCGCUAUAUUACUUCGGAUCAAUUUUCCCCUGAGUGCCUUCUCGAUUGCCUUGAUUUAUCCUCUGAGCACCAAGCUCUAGAGAUUGCCAAUCAUGUUGAGGCAUCAAUUUAUAUAUGGCGUCGGAGAACAUCUGCCAAAUCUAUGAAUAAUACACAUCGAAGCAGCACUAGAUCAUCAUGGGGCAUGGUCAAGGAUAUUAUAACAGAUGCUGAGAAAAGAGAAUUGCUUGCUGAUAGAGCCAAGUGCCUCUUGCUUUGUUUGAAGCAGAGGUUCCCUGGUCUGACACAAACAACCCUGGACACCAGCAAAAUCCAGUUCAACAAUGAUGUUGGAAAGUGCAUUCUGGAAAGCUAUUCCAGAGUCUUGGAGAGCCUUGCAUAUAACAUUGUUGCUCGCGUCGAUGAUCUGCUCUGUGUUGAUGACUUGACCAAACAUUCAGAUCAGUUUUCAUCAAUUCGCACGGUUGGUGUCACUUCUCACAAGAAAGUUCCAGUUUCAUGCUCGGUGCCUGUCUCAGGCACUCCAUAUAAGACUGCUUAUACCACACCAAGCUUCUUGCCCACACCAUUAUUGAGUCCAGUGCGUGGAGAAAGGUCUCCAUUGAUCAGCAGAAAGUCUCAUAAUCGUGGAUAUAGUGUGAAGAAAGUUUUGACAAAUUAUCUUGGAGCUGAAGUGAAGGGAAAAGACACUAGCAACAGAGUUGAGGUAUCAACACCGAUUUCAGGCAUGAAUCUAGAAGCCUGAAGCAGGCAGGACCUCGCUA